UCGGCAGGCAGCUUCCACUGGCACUCGGCUUCCAACCGCGAAGCUCUGUCGCCUUGACCAAGCUGCAUGGCUUCUUACAACGCAAACAACCACGACAGAAACGAUACUUUGCCAGGCCACACUUAUUCAGCAUAUUUGAAGUCAUUAUACGGACAAUGGAUUCUCCUCUCAACCUACGGCCACGGCCGCCAAACAGUAGAGGGCCCCAAACAAUCGCCGACUUCAUCCGACGCGUCAACGCAGAGCCCGGCGGUUUUCGAGCUCUCAACGAAGAGGAAGUGCGCAGGAACGUCAUUGCCGAGCGCAAUGGGAUUCACGAAGAUGUCGAAAUGGUUACCGAUCAGGAGGCCGACGACGACUCCAAGAAACCCGAUAUCAUUGCUGCUCGCCACAACAUCGUCAUGAACCUCGGCCAGGCCAUCCAGAUGUCCUCGAAUUUCCUCGACUUUAUCUCGCUCCUUCUCUCCAAAGAAAUCCCCACUCAAGCCGCCGUCUCUAUUUCGCCAUGGCUACGAAGUCAAGUUCCGAUCGGAUCCAUCGGCGCCACCCAGCUCGACGCGCCGACUCCUCUGACCCAGAGUAGAGUGGCCGACAACAAGCUGAUCACCAUCGGCAAGCGACUGGUCGCCCUCAACGAGGCAGCUGAUACUGCUCUUGCCGCUGCGAACAGGCUUCGCCAAGAGAUCAACUCCGAGACAAAAUACUGGCAGGAAGUCUUGACCGUUAGCCAAAAGGGCUGGUCAACCGCCCGCCUACCCCAAGAACCGCACGACAUGGCCGUCAAGUUUGGCUUCUCCAAUGCUGCGCCCAUGUUCAAGAACAACAGCGUUGCGCCUCUGAAAAGGGCUGAGGAUGGUUCGGUCCGCCUGGAAUACGGGAGAAUGGGUUCCAGAUCUGAACGUCUCCAGGUCACCCUUCUGCACAACGGGGAGGUCAUCGGAAGAUCACCUCUUCCUCGGCCCCUACCCGACCAUGCUCCGUUGGACGAUCGCGUUAAAGAGGCACGGAAUACCAUAUUUGCGCAAGAGCUAUGGCACGAAAUCAACCGGGAAGGUCGCACACUGCACGGUCACCAUGUCCGCCUAGAACAGUCGGCUGUAACCUGCGCUCUUGAUCCAAACCGGUCCAUCUCCUUCGAGCUGGUGGGCUUGGAAGAUCAAGAUCCCUCCAGGGCACCUCUACCCGGUAAUCUCGACGCCGAGACGGCCUCGAUCACCCUCCACCUCCUUCUGAGCAAUGCUCACAGGCAAAAUCAGCUCAAGCGCUCUGAGCGGACCGCGCCCAACGCCGUGAGGGGUCCGCCGCCGCCCUACAACCUUCUCCUCCCCAUCAUCACCUACUACAGACACGAAAAGACACUGGAAGACUGCACCACCUUCCUAGCCGCCUUCUGCGCCGCUCUCCGCUCCGCAGGGAUCCAAUCCUCCUUCAGCAUGACCGAAAGCAUCAACAAGGGCUCCCCCACCGCUCCGCCCUCCGAGGCGCUCAUGAACACCCUCCUCCACCCUUCCGAAGUCCAAUUCGACUUGACCAUCACGCCCGCCUCGCGCUUGCGCAUCCUGGCCAAGCCAUCCCCCGUUUUCGGCACCCGAUUCUCCAUCUACCUCCUCCAUCCGCAGUCUAACCACCUCACCAGCUCGUUCCCGCCUAACCAGACCGACUCGGUCUACGAGAAUAUCAAGGAGCUGGUCCGCUAUCUCAGUAAUGCGGUGCCCCGCGCGCUGACCAUGUAUUAUUACCCUCUUGUUCAGGAGAUGCGUAACAGCGGGAAUAAGGGCAACAACGGCGAAAUCCCAACUCCUUCUGCUACUAAUACUACAACCUGGAUCAUCCACCCAGAUGACCUCGGUCUAGUCGACGACGAUACCGAGACUUUCGGUGUCCGGUUUGCUUUUGUCUCGAACCACACCCGCGGCGAUGCUGGAGGUGAUGGGGUUGACGACGCAGCAGCAACAGAGCCAGAGCUGCGCGUCACCGGAGACUUCAUGGAAGACGGCAAGCGCGUUCACAAUGAAUGGAAGUGGACUGCUUUGGGCGCCGGUGCCGGUCAGACUGGCGGCAGUCUAGAUGACAUCGUCAAGCACAUCUUGGCAAAUGGACCAUCGUCGUCGUCGGUGUUGUCUGCUUAGGAAGCUCAAGAUGAGACAUACCCAUUACCUUCCAUAUCUGGGACUUUGACUUUGACUUGGACUUGGAUACGUGAGUGGUACAGCGGUUGGUUGCAAGCCUUUUUCGGUGAGGAGGAUUGCCCGUUGGGUUUGAUGGACAACGUCGAGGACCAAAGGCGGGAGUGGACGCGGAUGUUGGACGCAAAUGAAGCGUAUUUUUUCUCGAAACUGUCUCUGAAUGAGACUGAAGAUUGAAGACUGAAGCACAAGAGAGAGGGCUAAGCUGGGUCUACAGCGGGGAGAAACGUACCCGUCUAUCUAGAUCGGUUAACGGCUUACGGUUAUAGAUACACAUGCAUACAUAAAUACUUUACCCCUUCCUUACAUCUUUUGACAAAUCAUUAUUUCGGCGUGCGGUACCGGACUGCGUAGCCGGAAAAUAUGGCAGUCUUCU